AUGGCCGAGACUGAAGAGUCCCGUGACAGGUGCCAGACAUGUGAAGAUGCUGCCGAGUGCUUACAGGUGCAUGGUGUGCAUGAGGUUAUCAGCUCAGGCGCUCUGCUGUCGCUUCCAAGUGUGUCCGGAGGGCUGGCGCUGCAGCAACUGCCCACCUUGUUGCCAGCCAAAGGACACUGGCAGGUGCACACCACGAAGCGUGGCUGGGCAAGCCUAGCCCCCGCCCUGCAGGAUGCGCUCAGCAGAGCAAUGUCGCAGUCCGAGGAUCGGGUGGAAAUCCACAUCGACCCUGCAACCAGCAGGGUGUGGAUGCCGGACAAGGCGGCAGCAGAUCCAGCGAGGCGGUCCAGCUGCUUGGUGUACGAGGCCUUCCCACUCGACCGGACCAUCGGCAAGGUAGGAGGUGAGCCACCUCGACCAGUACGAUGGCGGGUAGGCGCCGGGCCUCGGAAAGACAGCAGCAAACUGUCCGGCGGACUGAUGCCGUGA